CGACCUGUUCUAUUCCCCUGCGUCACUCAAAGUUGUUUAGGGACUUCGGAAGUUAGGGUGCGCUGUUGAUGUCUGCUAGUCCUCAGUCAGUGCGUCCUGCUGUGUAGUGGCUGUGCGUAGACACGUGACGACGUGACACUGUUCUACCACGUGUAAAUGCCAAUACAACGAACUUGCUGUCAUCUGAACAUGAAUAGUUAACAAGUCCCGGGAUGAUGUCUCUGGUGCUGCUGCUCCUGCUCCUGGCCACGGUGACAGCCGGAAACUACCCAGUCCUCGACGUGUCCACUUCCAUGAGGAUGCUGCUAGUGCCCUUGGACGCGAAGGUCGGCUCUGCCAUCUACCGCCUCAGAGGAACAGAUUCCGACUUCGAUUUUCCUCUACAAUUCGAUAUCGUUGGAGCCAGGACAGAGCCGCUGGUCCAUAUCGAGAACCUCCCCUGCUCCAGGAACCACUCGUUCUGCGAAGCGAACGUCUUGUUGGCCCGCCCGUUGGAACUGGGGCGAGUGUAUGACUUGAAACUGAGGCUGAGGGACACAAGGGGUGACACGACGAGUGUCCGGUGCACCAUCAGGGCAACCAACAGCUCCACCCCGAUGGACACCAUCUUCCCACAUCUGCCGUCGCUUGUCGUCGUUCCGGAGGACACGAAGAUCGGCACAGAGCUGGACUACGUAAUCACCCGCAAGAACCCAAAGAACACAAGACAUGCCGGGUUGGAGCUUAGGGGAUCAUCCAACUUUGCCAUACGUCAGAGCCUAGCUUCUGCUGAUACUGUGAAUGGAACCAUCAUCCUGACCAGUGAACUGGACUUUGAGCAACAGACCAUGUACAUGCUGUCAGUGUUCGCUGUGGAUGCCUACGCAGAACCAGACCUCGAUACCCGCAAUUUGGUGGGCUUCAUGCUCGCCAUUGCGGUGCAGGAUGUUCAGGACAUGCCCCCCAUGUUCACGUCUGUACCCCCCGUCACAGUCCUCAAUAACACAAUUCAGAAGGGUGACGUGUUUCUGACGGUGCAUGCAGAGGACAGCGACAAAGGAUCUCCUCGCGAAGUGCGCUAUGGCAUUGUCUCAGAAGGCAACCCACUCACACCUUUCUUCAACAUCGAUCAAAAGACAGGGAACUUGAGCCUUACGAAGUCACUGAAGGAACUGCGGAAGAUCACACAGCCAAUGCAACCCAUUCUGCUGACCAUCAUGGCGGAGGAGGUGAAGACAGGAGUCGACGAACCGUUCGCCAUGUCGAGCACGGUACAGAUCGCCCUCAUCAUGGCAGAACCGGACAACACCCCGCCGUACUUCGACAGCGACAAAUAUGUGGCCUGGAUGGACGAGAACAGUCCCCAAGGAAAUGCCCUCAUAUUUAACGACCCGUAUAUCGCAGAAAUAAGGGAUGACGACUUGGGAAAGAACGGCGUGUUCUCCAUAAGUCUGAGAAACAACAACGGGACUUUCGAGGUCUCUCCUACAGUGGGCGAGACGCGAGUGAAUUUCGUCAUUCGAGUGCGGAACAACUCCUUACUGGACUACGAGCAGCGACACUUCCUUGUGUUCACAAUCGAAGCUCGUGAGGUCGGUCCGAAGGCUUCCAUGUCGAGCUCAGCUGACAUCACAGUCUACCUCAGGGACCAGAACGACAAUCCUCCAGUGUUCCGCGAGAGGGUGUACAGGGCGGACCUGACAGAGAACGCUACAGCUGGCACCAAAGUUAUACAGGUGGCGGCAGAUGAUAUUGAUGAAGGCGUAAAUGGCGAAGUAGCAUACACCAACAUAAUGAGAGACAAUAACUCCCUCCAGAUUGAUAACAAGAGUGGCUGGAUCACUGUCAAAACGAACAGGCACAUUUUCGAUAGAGAGAGUGCAAAAGAGUUCCAGCUGUACGUUGUGGCUGCUGACAGGAACGGGCAAGGCAACAGUGCCACGGCAACCCUCCUCAUCACGGUUUUCGACGUCAAUGACCACACCCCCAUGUUCAUGAGGUCGGAUUAUGAGUUUGUGUUGGGGAAGGAUCUCAGGAGUCUGACCUCACCUGCAGUCAUAAAGGCUUUAGAUGGUGAUGCGGAGGCCCCUAACAACGAGGUUCAAUAUGAAAUUGUGUCGGGAAAUCGAAAUGAAAUGUUCCACAUUAACAUACGCACAGGUGUGCUGACAGUAACCAAUACAGAGGUCUCCAGUAAGAUUCGAGAGGAGGGCAGGAUUCAGAAGUUCAACCUUCUAGUCAGGGCGUAUGAUUUGGGGGUGCCUUACAGAUCCAACACAGUGCCCGUUCUUAUAUACCCGCCCGAACCGAAUGCCCGCAACAUGACCUUCAUCUUGAACGGAUAUCCGGUGGAUCCUAAAGAGACGGAAGAGAUUCUGUCAAAAGUCACCGGAGGUCGAGUGAAAAUCCAAGAUGUCCGGCCAUUACCUCUGAGGAGGAUUCGCAGCGAUGACUCGGGAAGAUCAUCAGAUGACAAGUCCGUUGUGUCGGCCAGAGUGCUGUAUGAUGACAACCCCACUGUGGAUCUGACGCAGUUCCAAAGUGCACUUCGGGGUAACAGGAGCAUGGACGUUGUCAAGGAGAAGGAGACAGUGGAAGUUUAUCGCCGAGCGGAAAGCGCCCUCUUCUGGAUCCUCAUGUUUCUGGCAAUUCUGAUUGUCAUCAUCAUCUUGCUGCUGCUGCUGUGCUGCAUCUGUCCAGGGUGUCCGCUCUACGCUAAGCCCAAGAAAGGAAGCCAGGUUGACACUCAGACCGUAGACGGACUGCACCUCUUUGCAAAGGACCACGGCCCAGGCAUGGAGACCAAGGCCGUGCAAGCCGAAGGGGCGGGACAUCGAAGAGAAGCUUGGAGUGCCGAUCAGCGUCAGCAGAGGCAUCAGUCCUGGCGGUUCAACAGACGGAAUGUACACAAUAAGGAGCACGAAGAGUUCAGAACUGGGCCGGACGACAGACAACUGGCUUACGACAUCAACGGGCCUGCUGUAGCCGCCACACUGGGCAUGAGAGGACCCGAAGACGGGCUUUCACUGCACAGCCUGCCCGCUCAGUACAUUCGCGUCCGAGAUGGACCCGCUGUCAUCUACACCCGCGAGCUUCAGGAUCUCCAACGCCAGGCCGACUUUCGACAUCGCGGUGUAUACCUUGAGGAUAUCGAGGGAGCAAGUCAGAUAAUAGACCACAGACAAGUCAGAGGAGGAAUACCCCAUCGUGACCUUCGAAUCAAUGCUGAGGAAGACCACGACACUGAUUCUAUGAGGAGGCAUGAAGUAGAAAGGGGUUCAGACCUGGGCAGAGGUAACGAUUACAGGCGCAACGACGCGAACAGGAAUAUUGUUAAUGAAGGUCGGGAAUACCGCUUGGUGCUCCAGCGGAGAGGGCAAGCGCGUGCAGACGAAGAAACUGCAGCAAAUCUGAGCAAAGUGGCGGCUUCCCAAAGGGAACAAUUCUACAUCCGCGAUGGGAAUGCCGAAAUACUGCGACUUGUGACACGAGGGAGGUCACUGGACGAGGAAGAGUUCGCUAAAGUUGCACCUGAACCUGAACAGAGACCAAUGACACUUGUUCCACCUCGACAACAUAAUAAUGUGAGGGCCGACAAUGGUAAGGAGAUCAUAAUGCAACGCUUUAUGGAGGACCAGCGUAAUAAUGGCAGCAGAGAGCAAGCAGAAGAAGAGGGUUCUGACCCAGGGCCGCUGGCGAGACUGCGUCAGCAAGACAUGCUCGUGAGGAGACUGUUAGAGGAAGAAGCGCGACUGAACAACACCUUGCUGCUCACUGAGGCUCUCGUCGCGCAGCGCCAGCACGAGCAAUUCCUAGCAACAACUGGCGAAAACAUCGAGACACAGAGCCUUCCUGGGCAGACCACCAUGGCGACUCAGACAGAUGUGGAUUCCAGCACGCAAACCGAGCCCUUUCACCUCAUGAGGCCACCCAGGAGACGUGCCAGGAGCGACAAUGACGACUCCUAUACAGAGGAGGAAGAUCAAGAAAGGCAGCUCAUUCAAGAUGACGGCGUGGGUUCACAUUCUUUAGGAAAAGCUAUACGUGAAUUUUGGAACAAAAAGCGUCGAAGUAAACGGAAACGCAGUUUGUUUCACAGAAGAGACUUGAGAUCGAGGAGGGUAGGAGGGAAGAGUGGCUUUCUUGUGCCUGGUAAAGGGCAUAAAAUCAAGACCCCAAUACUGGAAGAGACUGAGAGUGCACUGGACGCUGCCGAACGGCAACAAGGUCACGUUUCAUUCGGCAAUUAUUCGGAGAAUAAAACGAGCAUGCUGCGGCGCCGGAACAACAAAGCUAAAGUUGCUACUGCUUCCGGAGAAAUGGAGGUGACGAUUUUGCCGAAUCAGCUUCAAAGUGACUUGGAGGACUUUGAAGAAGAAACACCGACAGACUCGCUUGAGGAACGAUCGCCUUCCAAUGAGAAGUAUGUAUCACACAAUAAGAGGACUGAUAACUACGGUAGACUUCAACAUCCCAAGAGUCCUAUGGGGGACGUGAGGGGUGCAAAUAUUGAGGACAGUAGAUUGCAGUCUUCAAAAAUGCGUCAUGUGGGAUUUGAAAAUAGCGACACCCGUGGAAACAGUUUCCAGAAGAGGAAUGCUUCAGAUAUAAGACAUGACUCUGCUUCUGAGAAAGAUCGAGCUCGAACUGCCACUCUUGCUGCGUCUAGCGACACCUCAAGUGGGCGCCCAUCGGAGCAGGGAAGCUCAGCUGAAGCAGGAGGCAAUGAGAACGGAGCAAUGUCGGAAUUUGCUCAUGGAAGAGAUAAAACUCUCAUUCGUAGCGCAAAGUCUGAAACAGGAAUCAAUGCGUUGGCAUCUAGCAGGAAAUCCCGUCGCAGGUCUGUUCCGGACGAUAUGAAACUGGAUAAAAAGGAAAGACUAUCGUCCAGGAGAGGGUCCCUUUCUGAACCUGGCCGAAUUGAGAAGCAGCAUCUGUCGCAGCAACAAACUGUAGCUAGCAAAGCGAAAUCUUUAAACCAAGUUAACGACGUAGGAAAGACUGCUCCGGCGCAGAAAAAGGGUUCACGAUAUAUGGAGUGGUAUAAGACUAAGAGAGAAGAACGGGAGAGGAGAAAGAAGUUGGAAGAAGAGAAAAAGAAAGAUAAACAGAAGAAGAAACUUAAGCCCGGUCAAAACAGUACAACUGAUCCAAAAGUGACAAAAAACAGACAAAAUGAGAAGCAAGAGACAUUGACCGAAGGUCGAGGUGUACGGAAAAUAGUAAAGGGAGAAGUCGAUAAAGAGAUGGAAAAAGCAGAGGAGCAGAUUUUGAAGGUGACUGUGUUUGAUGAUGAUAUGGACUCUGGGAUCGCCAUGUCGUCUCUGCUGAUGGGUGGAGCUGGCAGGCGGAAGCGGAACCAGCAGCUGCUGGAAAAGAAGAGCGUCUUUACAAUCGCAUAUGACGACAUGCAAACGAAACAGCUUCGCCCAGACAGCAGUUCUCCUCAAUAUUAACAACGUACAUCUCCUUACCGAGAGCAUUGCAUCCUUCAAUCGUAAAUGUCCGUCGUUUUCGUGUUCUUCCUGUUGCUACAGUCUUCGUCUCUUUCGACUGAAGUAGAUUUGUGUAAAUUUGUAUUGCGAAUCUAUUUGAAAUGAUAAAUAUGAUUCCUUCCA